CAAAAACACAGUAUAGAUACAACUGCCACGAAAAACAGCAGCGUUUCCUGUUGCUUUAAGAGUUUAGUAGUUCAACAUGGAGGAGGUUUAUGAUGCUGCAGAGGAUGAUUUGGACGAGGAUGAGGCCACUCAGUACAUGAUUGAGCAGAGUCUGUUGGAGUACAGCAAACAUGCUGAUUCAUCAACCAGUGAACUAUUAGACUGCAUAGACCAUGAGGAAAUUUUCACUGCCAUACAGGCUGGUAAUGAGGAUGCUCUGAAGAUGCUGGUGCAGUGUAAGGAGGCUCUGUCUAAUGCAGACAGUAGGGGCUGGAUCCCACUGCAUGAGGCUGCAGUACAGCAGAAGAGGAGCAUUCUCGAAAUCACUUAUGCAGCAUCUCCUCAGGGGUCAGGGCAGUGCCGUACUUUGAGAGGGGAGACUCCGUUGUUUCUUGCAGCUGUUCACGGUCUUAGAGAGAAUGCCACAUUCUUGCUACAGAAUGGCUGUGACCCUGACUGCAAAAAUGAUGAUGAUGAUUCGGCAUUGGUUGCAGCCAUAAAGAAUGACCAGUAUGACCUGGCUCUACUGCUGCUACGCUACAAUGUCUCUGUGGACCAAAAAGGGAGUCUCCAAAGAACCGCUUUGCAUGAAGCAUCUGUGCUCGGCUUGGAUAACUUUGUACAUCUGCUCCUACAAUCUGGUGCUGACCCAAAUGCCAUUGAUGCCUGUGAACAUACUCCUAUAGGACUUGCUGCACAAGCUGGACAUUUUAACGUUGUAGAGGUUCUGCUUCAGAAAGGGGCCAGUGUGUGGUCCAAGCCUAACUCUCCUAGUUCAGCCUCAGUUUUGUUUGACGCAGCAGCCUCUGGAAACCCUGAUAUCAUUGCACUGCUGCUGGAGUACGGAGCCGAUCCCAACAUGCCCACACACACAGGCCAUCUCCCCAUCCACCGUGUAGCCUACCGUGGACAUCUGCUAGCACUGGAGCAACUGAUCCCAGUCACUAAAAAGGAGGUUAUAAAAGAGAGUGGUAUGAGCCCAUUACAUUCCGCAGCGGCAGGUGGUCACUCUCAGUGCCUGGAGCUGCUCCUGAGCUCCGGUUUCGACCCGAACUUCAUGCUGCACCCGAGAGUGCGCAAGAACUAUGACGAUGAGCGCAGGUCAGCGCUGUUCUUUGCCGUAUCAAACAGUGAUGUGCAGUCAGCACGGCUGCUUCUGGAGGCUGGGGCCAUGCCAAACCAGGACCCUGUCAACUGCCUGCAGGUGGCCAUGCGGCUGGGCAACUAUGAGCUCAUUAACACUCUACUGCGAUACGGUGCAAACGUCAACUACUACUCCCGUGUCAACACUACACACUUCCCCUCUGCCCUGCAGUAUGCACUAAAGGAUGAGGUGAUGUUGCGUAUGCUUCUCAAUAACGGUUAUGAUGUGCAACGCUGUUUUGACUGUCCUUAUGGACAGGCCUCACAUGUGCCUGUGGACUAUGAGGGCUGGAGCGCUUCUGUUAUUAAAGAUGUGGUGUUUUGUGAGGUGAUCACAGUGUACUGGCUCAAGCACAUCUCAGCCCAAGUAUUGAGAAUUAUGUUGGAUUAUGUCGAUCAUGUGAGUUUCUGCUCCAAACUGAAGAGUGUUCUUGUUGAGCAGAAACAAUGGCCAGAAAUAUGUAAAAUACAAGAAAAUGCUCGAAGCCUGAAGCACCUCUGCAGACUGAAGAUCCGUGAAUGUCUGGGCCGUUUGCGACUGAGGGCUCCCAUUUUCAUCAGUUUUCUGCCUCUGCCAGCCAGUCUCAAAGACUAUAUUCGCUUUAAAGAGUAUGAUAUUUACAGUAGAGGUAGUAUGAAAGAACAAGAGUAACACCAGGUGGAUAAUUCUGUAUAUGUUAAGACAUUGAUAAAAAUACUGUAGUGAAACACUUUCUUAUUAUGUGUUAAUUUCCUAUGAGCAGACAGAGGGCAGCUUUACACUGUUUAAAAGGUGGAUAUGACGCAGGGCCAUAAUCACAAUAUAUGGCCAGAUUGUCUCCCAACUCCCCCCCCCCCCAUUCUUGUUGGUGUUCUGCUGCAGCCCAUUAUGUACCUCUGUCUAAUUGUCAUUAAGUUGUUGCAGGAAUAACAUAAUGGUUUAAAAGAAGUUUCAUUUUGAUCGUGCUCAGUAGUCUAACACCGCUCAUCAAUGUCAUUUGAGAUAGCAAUCAAAUUGAUGAAGGUGGGACUUAAGUUUCAAAAGUUAAACGGAAACCUUGUGAAUUAUUCCAGCGCCGCACAUCAGCAAGCAGGUCGUGACUGUGCCUCGGUCUAUCAAGCUGGAAGAGAGAGACUGCUGAUUUUAAAUGCUUAUAUCUUCUGAAAACAAAUUUUGUCAGCAUUUGGAAGUACACUAGCAUACUGAUGACCUUAAAGGGAAUUAAUAUAGACUAAAAGCAGCAAAACUUUAAUUUUGAUUUCAUGGCAACUUUAAGAGUGUUAGUGUUAUGUGAUAUGUAAGUAUCUAACUAAACAUGCAAUAUUUUACCACUGUUUUAUGAUUGAAAUUUUGUACCGACUGACAUUAAUUUCCAAGGGUGCAAACUAUUCACCAUUUGGCAAAAUUUGCCAUUUUGAAUUUAAAAUGUCAUCUACAGUAUGUGAUUUGUUGGUCAUUCAUAACUGUGAAUAGGGCUGAAAUAAUUAGUUGAUGUUGUCAAUAAUUGUUGUUGAUGUUGAUUAAUUAGUUUUAUUGUCGACAACAGUGACAAUAAAAAAUUGUCGACAAUAAUUUUAAUUGACGAAUAGUCGUUUGAUCUCAUUUAAUGCAACAUGAGAUCAUUUGAAACACUUAUGAUGACACAUGAGAGCAGCACUGCCGCUCGCGCCUGAAUGAAGAGAGGAAGAAAACACAGCUCACAGUCCAGAUGCAAAGGUGAUGUAGAUCACAAAGUAUGAGGGAAUUAUAAUACAAAAAUACAAAAUGAGUAAAUAAAAAUCAGUGUCGUCCUGACGUGAAAUAAAGCGGAACCUUACCUGUCAUUCCACUUGAGCAAAACUUACCCGCCAGAGUGUCUAAAAAUGAAACACCCUGGUGUUAUAGCUUAAAUACAUUCUUUAUUAAAGUUCAAAUAAUAAGGAAGCUGUUGUGUAAAUAAGCUCAAACUGCUAAACUGGUAUUUCUCUGUGCGGUCAGAGCGGCUUACAUUAGUCGCGUGAAAAACAUGCGGAUACGCUCGUCCCUCGCACCCACUUGCUGCAGCUAGAUUAUAACAUGAUGGCUCGCGACGUAAUGAAUCAUAAUAUACUGUAUGUGUCAUGGUGUGUAUCCUGUCGUACAGAAAAUCGGCGAUACGCAGAUCUACUAAGAACAGAGUUUGUUUUUUUGUUUUUUGAGUUAAAGAUGGAUCAAUGUUAACAAAAAGGUGAGAGAGUGUAGUCAUAACCCAUUUUGCAAUGCAAAAAAAGGGUUUUGAUUUGUCUUUUUUGGUUUGCCCCCACCCCAUUAUAUUUUCCGUCAUGUAAAUGUUUCA